AAAUCCGCCGCGGGUCCCGGGCCUGAGAAGGGGGAGGGUUCCUCCCCCUUUCCUCUUCCGGUUUCCCGGAUUUCUCCCGGGAGGGGAAGGGGACGGGCAAAAGGAAACGAGAGGCCAGAACGGUACGAAGGAGGAACUAACUUUCGCGGCGGAAGGAUAGGCGGCGGACGGGUCGAGGGAGACGGUGGAUCGUCAGUUCGGCGGAGGAGCUUCGGAGGAAGAAGACGGCCGACAGAGAUUCGUCCGUGACCGAAGAUGUGACCCGGAGCUAUGACCGCCUACUUAACCGUCGUCUGUCUACUUCUGGUCCUGUCGGGGAGGGUCCGGAGUAGAGGGGACGGACCCCGGUUCACCAGGACCGUCUAUCGAGCCUCCGUCCCGGAAAAUUCCGUUUCCAAGACCUACGUCACUUCCGAAGAGAUGAUGGGAAUGUACGUGUCGGACCCGGCCCUGGACGUCAGAUUCAAGAUCGUUUCCGGAGACAAAGAUCGAUUUUUCAAGGCCGAAGCUCGCCGGGUGGGGGACUUCUGCUUCUUGGCCAUUCGCACCCGGACCGGGCUUCACGCCGUGCUCAACAGAGAAUACCAGGACCGCUAUCGCCUGGAAGUUAGGGCGGCGGCCGCCGGCCCUCGCCGAAAGAAGAUCAAGCUCAAAGCGCAGACCGCGGUCGACGUCCGAAUAUUGGACACCAACGAUCUCAAUCCGCUCUUUUAUCCCACCGAGUACGAAGUCAACGUCACCGAAGACACCCCUCCUUACCGCAGCCUGCUGAGAGUCAGCGCCUUCGAUCCCGAUCUGGGAGUCAACGGAGAAAUCUACUAUCGCUUCCUGCAACCCACCCUGCAGUUCGCCGUCCACCCCACCCGAGGCGCCAUCAGCCUGUCGCGCCCCCUGCACCACCGACGACAAUCCUCUUACGAUCUGCUGGUGGUGGCCGAGGACCGAGGACCCAAAUUUCGGGCGGGCGACGUCAGGGCCAGUUCCGCCACCGUCCGCGUACGAGUGGUCCCGGUCAACCUGCACGCGCCGGAGAUCUUCAUCCGAUAUUUUCCCGUCGUGCGUCAGACGGCGCCCGACUCCAUCCUGGCCGUGGUAACAGUGGCCGACGAAGAUCCGGGAAUCCACGGACGCAUCGCCGGGGUGGAGCUGGAGGGCGACCCGGAAGGUCGCUUCAGACUGGUGGCGGGAUCCGAACCAGGGGAGUAUAACCUGUUAGCUGACGGAAGACCACCUCCCGCCGAGUACUCGCUGACCGUCAGGGCCACCGACUCGGGGGUGCCCCCCAAGUCUUCCACGCAGACGAUUCGCCCCAAACUGCCCGAGACGGGAGACGGCGUUCCCGUUUUCCCCCAGUCUUAUUACGAAGCUUCCGUAGACGAGACGGCGCCGGUGGGCACCCCCGUCCUGGUGGUGUCGGUGGCCGCGCCUUCCGACCGAAACUCCGAAAUAUUCUAUUCGGUGGAGGGGGAGGACGACGAUUGCCCCUUCUCGGUGGACUCUCGCACCGGCGCCGUCAGAAUAUCGGCGCCUCUGGACCGCGAAACCAAGAGCCUGCACACACUGGUGGUCAGCGCCGUGGACAAGUCGGUCAGAGGCGUCCGCGCCAAAGGCACCGCUCAGGUGACCGUCCGAGUUUCGGACGCCAACGACAACGAUCCCGUCUUCAACGUCACUUCGGCGGAGGUGGAUCUGGACGAAAACCGACCGGCGGGCAGCCCGGUGUACACCGCCUACGCGGAGGACCCGGACCGGGGCGAGAACGGAUACGUCUCGUACAGCUUGGCCAACGUCAAUCCCGUGCCCUUCCGAAUCGACCCGUUCACCGGCAAAAUAACCACCACCGAUGUCCUGGACUACGAAACCACCAGGCGACAAUACCUGCUGAAGAUACGAGCUUCCGACUGGGGCACCCCCUUCCGCCGUCAGACCGAAACCUCCCUCAGGAUCAGACUGCGAGACGUCAACGACCACCGACCCCUCUUCGAGAAGAUCGAUUGCGAGGUCUACGUCUCUUCCGCCGCGCCCCCCGGCACCCCUCUGCUCCGGCUUUCGGCGGUGGACUUCGACGCCGGCAGCGCCGUCUCCUAUCGGACGGUGCCCUCCGGCCCCCACCCCUGCUUCUCCCUGGACUCUUCCGCCGGAUUUCUGACUCUCACCUGCCACCUGGACCGGCAGAAGUUCCGCCAGGCGCUUCUCAACGUCACGGCUACCGACGGGAAGCAUUUUUCCGACGUGGUACCCGUCCGGAUCAGAGUGGUGGGCGGAGCGGGAGGACCCGGGCACGACGGCCAGACUUCGGUGGAAUGCCGAGACGUGGGCGUGGCCGAGAGACUGCGAGAGCAGAACAGACUGGGAGAACUGAACAACCGACCGGAAGACGUCACCGAACCCACCCCCACCACCUUUCGGGGCAACAGACACCCGCCCGAAUUUCCCGGCAACCGGCCGGCCGAGGUCCGAGUGAACGAGAGCUUGCCGGUGGGGUCGGAGGUAGCCGACCUGUCGGCCAGGGACGCCGAUCGCGGGUACAACGGGCGGCUGGUGUACGCCAUCGCUUCCGGAGACGACGACUGCCGCUUCCGCAUCGACCCGUUCACCGGAAAACUGGGGGUGUUCGCUCCCCUAGACAGAGAAGAGAGAGACGAGUACGUUCUGAAUGUCACCGUCUGGGACCUGGGCCAACCCCCCAAAUCCGCCUCCACGCUCUUCGCCGUGCGCGUGCUGGACGUCAACGACAAUCGGCCCGUCUUCGAGAAGUCCUCCUACCACCUGGUGGUUCCCGAGAACGUCCGCAACGGAACCAGCAUCGUCAGGCUGCGGGCCACCGACGAGGACUCCGGACCCAACGCCCAACUCAGGUUCGAAAUGGAGACGCCGGUGGACGAGUUCGGAGUGGAGGCGGAAAGCGGGCUGCUGACCGUCCGUUCUUCCCUGGACCGGGAGAAGAGGGACGAGUACCGACUGAAGAUGACGGUGCGGGACCUGUCACCCGACCGCCCCCUCUCCUCCUCCGCCACCGUCACCGUGCGCGUGCUGGACGUCAACGACAACCCUCCCCGCUUCGCCCUGCCCCUCUUCCGCAUCAAGCUGCGAGAAGAUCUACCUCCGGGAGCGGUGGUCAUGGUGCUGUCGGCCGACGAUCCCGACCUGGAGGAGGGCGGGAGGGUGGAGUACGAGAUCCGGGGAGGGUCGGACGGAAAGUUCUCGGUCGACCCCGAGACGGGGGCCGUCAGACUGAGCGACCGACUGGACUUCGAACGCCGACAGCUGUACAACGUGACGGUGGAGGCCAGAGACGGGGGCGCGCCCCCGCUGACGUCCGCCGCCCGGCUGCUGGUGGAAGUGGAAGACGUGGACGAGAACGCCCACGCCCCCAGAUUCCCGGACUUCGCCGCUUCGGCCGCCGUGCGAGAGAACGCGCCGGCCGGCACCCGGGUCAAGAGGGUGAGCGCCACCGACGACGACGGCCCCGGACCCGACGGACGAGUCACUUACUCCGUGGUGGAAGGCGACGGACUGGGACUCUUCUCCGUCGACGACUCGGGUGAGGUGAGGACCCGAUGUCCUCUGGACCGAGAGACAGCUUCAGGGUAUUGGCUGACCGUUCACGCCAGAGACGGAGCGGCGGUGCCCGCCUCCUCUCGCCUCUACCUGUACGUGGAAGUGACCGACGAGAACGACAACGUUCCCCUGACCUUCGAGCCCGUGUAUUACGCCCAAGUGCCCGAAAAUUCUCCGGAGGGAACUGCCGUGGUCAAGCUGAACGCCUUCGAUCUGGACUCUAAUCCCCGUCAGACCGUCGUCUAUUCUAUUUCGUCCGGGGAUUCCGACCGAUACUUCUCUAUAGACCCCGCCCGAGGAAUUGUUUCGACCGCGUCCCUCCCUUUGGAUCGAGAGAAGAAAGAGGAGCACGUUCUAGAGAUAAAAGUGGAAGAUGGUGGUAAGCCCCCUCUGUCUUCUGUAACGAGACUGGUGGUGGAGGUAGUCGACCGGAAUGACAACCAACCCGAGUUCCUGGUGCCCAAGUACCACUGCCAUGCGCUAGAAAAAAAGUCUUCGGACGAUGCCCUUCUUUGCCAAGUUUUGGCAGUAGAUGCAGACAGAGGUGCCAAUGCAGAUGUCACCUAUGAAAUCAUAGAGGGAAACAAGAAUGGAAAAUUUAAAAUUCAUUCAGAGGAUGGAACCAUCACUUCCCGAGCCACUUUGGUCGCAGGACAGAAAUUUGAACUUCUGGUAAAAGCAUCUGACAAUGGGCAUCCUGUAAGAACUACUACAACUCGAGUUCUAUUGGAUAUUGUUGCCAGACGUAAAAAAUCAGUUCAUCCUCCAGUUGUGAAAGAUACAGAUAGUGUUAUUGUUGUAGCUGAAACUGACAAAAUUGGAGAUCUUGUUGCAUUGAUACAAGCGGAUGAUCUGGAUGGUGAUAGACUAUGGUAUUAUAUAUUUGAUGGAAAUAAAGAAAAUGUAUUUAUGAUGCAGCAGCCUGAUAUGGGAGCUAUAUUAUUAAGAAAACAACUUCAUUGGGAAUUACAGUCAAAAUAUAAUUUAACAGUUGCUAUUACUGAUGGAAUUCAUUUGGUUUAUCAUGUGCUUCAAAUAGAAGUAAAGGAUGGAAAUAAUUACCGACCUCAGUUUUCUGAGCAAACAUAUAAUGUUGAUGUAUCGGAAAAUAUUAAGUCUGGUACUGAAAUUCUUAAACUUCAGGCAACAGAUAAAGAUCAAGAUAAACGUUUUUUUUAUAGUAUUAUCAACAGGUAAGUAACUUUAAGUAGUGUUCAUUAUUUAUUAUAUAUUGAUUUUAUACAAGACAUCUUAAUGUUUACAUGCAGCAAAAUGCAAUAAACUUUUCUCAAAAUAAUAUACAUAUAGUAAAAUCUUAAUGCAUCAUUUUUUAGUGUAAUG